AUGAUUCUCUUCUAUUUGUUUUUAUUUAUCUCCUCAACGAAUGGAAUAUUUCUUUUCUUCGAGCGUGAUUCCUACGAAUUCUUCAUUUCGGAAUCUGCACCAAUCAAUACUAAAAUCGGUUCGAUUCAAGCUACAUCCUCCUCGUCACUAUCAAUUCGUUAUGAACUGUAUGGUGAUAUAAACAAAACAUUUUAUCUUAACUCAACAACUGGAAUUUUGACUCUAUCGAAUACGCUUGAUUAUGAAACAAUUUCAAUUUAUAAAUUAACUAUCGAAGCACGAGCAUUGUCGUCCACAGUUGCUCCAUCGUUCAGCGAAAUUGUUAUCCAUGUUCUCAAUACAAAUGAUAAUCCACCAGAUAUAAAUGUCAUGUUUUAUCCAUCAGUUUUAACUGAAGAAAACGUCAUCAAAUAUGAUUUAAAUAGCAAUUCAACACCAUUAGCAACGAUCAAUAUUAAAGAUUUAGAUGAGUCAACAAAUAAUUUAACAUUAUUUAUUAAUGAUACUCAACAUUUUCAACUUCAAUUUGUUCGUCAAAGUAAAAAUGGUUUGAUCACCGAAUCGAUUUAUAUCCUAUCAACAAGAAACAAUCCGCAUUUACUGAAGAAAGAUCACUAUUAUUUAUCAUUAUAUUCAUGUGACAAUGACCAACCAUCCUUGUGGACAAAUCGAACGUACGAGUUUCAUUUAAAACCCAAUGAAAAUCUUUGUCAGUUCAAUCAAACGCAUUACAUCAUUGACAUCAAGGAAAAUCUUCCUAAUCGAACAUUAAUAUUACCUCGACUGACGAAUCAAUUCUGUCAAACAAUGGUCCAUUCAAUCGACGAUACAAAAAACUUCUUUAUUCAACCUCGCACAGGAGAUUUAUACACAUCAACAAUGUUCGAUCGAGAAGAACAGAGUAUUUAUCGUUUGAAUCUCCAAGCUGUUGAUCAAUUUAAUAAAACAAUGAAGGCAAUUUUAACUGUUCGAAUUCUCGAUGAAUAUGGUCAUAUUCCAUUUUUAUCAUUGAAAAAGUUACGAUUAAAUCGAGGAGAAUUCUCGUCCAUCGAUUUAUUCAAUUCGACAUAUUGUCAUUAUCAAACAAUGGUUUAUAAUUACUUUCAAUUAUUAUCCAAUUGUACACUGAAGAAACUUUCCUUACCCGUUCAAGGAAAAUAUCUUUUCUCAAUUCAACUCAAUCAGAAAUACAAUUAUGAAGAUACUUUUCUAUUAGAAUUAACAUCAGAUUCCAAUGAAACGAUCUUCUCGAAUUUAGUCCAAUCACAAUGGAUGAUUAUUAUACCGAUUAUCCUCAGCAUAUUUCUAAUUCUAUUAUUAAUUAUUUGUGCAGCGAUGAUCAUUCGAAGACAAAGAUAUAAAAAACAGAAAUCGUCAUCAACUUUAUCCAACAGUGAAGAAAAUGUUCAUAAUAAAUAUGAUGCAAUUUCAACUUUAUCCAAACUGAAAGUACACGACGAUCAUCAAUUAUCUCCAUCGCCAAUAAGUACAGCUUUAUACAUCGUGCAAAAAUCAUCGUCGUCAAGUCCGAUUCGUGAUGAUGAAGGUUAUUCAGGUAGUUCGGAUGUAUCCGAAAAUCCUCUUUCAAUGGAAACAACAAUCAUUACGGCCAAUCAACUAGUUGAACAAUAUCGUAUACAUGAAUUUCGGGCUCAUCAGAUGAUGUCACCUUCUAAUGAUGAUGCACCUAAGCGGUUGAGUACAUCGUGUGUUUCAGCUGAUGUGUCAUUUGUAUAA